AUGCGUGCUAUUAGUGAAAAGAUCGAGAAGCUCAAAUCUGAUUAUGGCAGCAUGACCAACAAGAUCGAGAAGCUUGAAGCUCAUCGCCAGAGCCAUCUCGAUAUCCGUCAAAGGGCAAUCUCUAAAUGGGUACGAGAUGCGCUCAAUAAAGAUACAGAACGUCGGAAGCAGGAAAUCAGCAGAAUAGACAAGGAUAUCAUCUACGGCGGCGAUGUACGUUCGGAUGCUAUGGUCGUCACUGAACGCUACAAGAAAAGUAGCACCGAAUGGGGAUCAUUUCACACUCUAUAUGGACUUAGCCCGGAUAAUAUGAAUAGUCUCGACCAACAAAAAUGCUACAGGUCACUACAGGUCUUGGAUAGAGCAGCUUCUAUCCUACUCAGGAACGCUUGGACAAGCUUCCCUCAUAAGACGAUGGAGAAGAAACGCGACGACCUUGUCACUAUGCUGCUGGAAGAGAGAUAUGAAGAGGCUGAGAAGAUGAGCAGCAUUUUUUUCUGUGGCGACGAGUCUGUAGCGGAAGAGGACUUUUACUCUUUGCCAAAAGAUAGAUAUUACGUAUUAUUUAUCCGAUCAAUCGCUUUCUAA